GUGUGCGCGCACAUCAGUAAAUGUAUCACGUAGCACUACAACAGCCAUUCUUCAUGCGAUCUUCGCAGACCUAUUGGAGAAACUCCCCCCAAGGCAAGAUCUGUCACUGUUCACUCAUUUGCUGGGAGACGAUCAGAAGCGAUGUUAAAUGCACCAAGAAACACACCGGAGUCUGUUGUAAAGGCGUCGAGAGGAUUCCGGUCAGAUCUCAUAGCGAAGGGAGCAGGUUUCAACAGUUGACGCGGAGGGAACUGAGCGCAGGAGAAAAAAAAAAGAUUCAUUUUGAUUAUCUGAAACCUCUUUUUCGCGUUUUUUUUCUUCUUUUCUUCUUUCUCCUCACCACCCGGCCAACGUUACCGGGGAGGGGGGGGGCAGUGCAGAUGAGCAUUGUCCGAAUGAAGGAUACAACCUCACCGGGUCCAAUCGGACUGGAUUAUGGGAUUACCGGACUGAUUAUUGGCAAAUCAUCGGGCAAAAGUCGCCGCCGCGCCGUAGAUGCUCUUUGAAUGACGGGAACACAAAAGGUUUGGACGCGACUCGCGGCUCCGUCUCGUGCUUUUCUUCCACUUUGUGGCAUGGGUAGGUCUGCGUCUGCAGCGAGAGCUCAACCCGUAUGCAACAGUGUGCCGCACAGGAGGAAAAAGUGAAUGCAUUGUGAAUGGUGACAUCGGACGCGGUGCAUUUUGAACGGGCAUGUCAGUAUGUGCCGUAGCCUAGGUGCAAAUGUCGCAUGAGGGCAAUGCGCUUUUAAAAAAAAAAAAGAAAAGCUGCGGUCUAACCUUCGCUACAGAGAUUCAAACGCUUUAACCUUGGAUGCAGUAGGGAAUAUUAAUACUUUAUAGUCAUCGAUUAUUCAUUAAGACCCCCCUCCCCUCGGCCGCCCCCCCCCCCCACCUCCAUCCACCCCCGUGAGGAAAAACAACAGCAUUUUUCUCGUCCACUAUGUUGAAUUUGAUCUUUUAUUCAUGCGUGAGGUGUCGUCGGGCGGUCAUCUUUGUUUACAGAAAGAGUUCAUCGCGGUCGAGGUAGAAAAAAAAGAGAUUUAAAGGCAAUAAGGACACACAACGCGGAUACAUAGCCACAUAGUUUGGGAUUGGCGACAACCACAUGUUUGGUUUGGGUUUAUUCCUCCAGGUUUGCCGUAAUCAACAGGUUGAAAGUCAACGAGGAUUUUCUUCUUUUCCGGUCUGCCAGUACCGCAUAUCCAGUUGAAGGGAUGCGUCUCUCUGUACCCAUUUUCUUUUUGCUGUGGGUUCAAGCCCUGACAUUGAAAAAUCUGAAUUAUUCUGUUCCGGAGGAGCAAGGACCCGGCACUGUUAUAGGUAAUAUAGCAAAAGAUGCCGGUUAUGGGACCAUGGAGAGAGGGAAAAAAUCGAACUUUCGAGUACUGGAGAAUUCUGCUCCACAUCUGGUGGAUGUUGACCCGGAGAGUGGACUAAUCUUCACCAAACAAAGGAUUGACAGGGAAACGUUAUGCAGGCGCAACCCAAAGUGCCAGCUCUCCAUGGAGGUGUUUGCCAAUGACAAGGAGAUAUGCAUGAUCAAGAUUGAUAUACAGGACAUAAAUGACAACUCUCCCAGUUUCCCUUCAGAUCAUGUUAAUAUUGAUAUUUCAGAAAAUGCAGCGGCUGGGACACGCUUCCCCCUCACCAUUGCACAUGACUCGGAUUCUGGAGAAAAUGGGAUAAAGACCUACCAGGUCACGAGAGAUGAUUACAAUACAUUUUCGUUGGAUUUAAAAGUGAGGGGUGACGGGACUAUAUAUCCGGAGCUGGUGGUUCAGAGACCUCUGGAUAGGGAGGAUCAGAGUCAUCACACCCUCCUGCUCACAGCAAUUGAUGGCGGGGAGUAUCCGAGAUCAGGGUCCAUGCAAAUCAAUGUCAGAGUGACUGAUUCGAAUGACAACAGCCCAGUGUUUGAGAAAUCCUCUUAUGUGAUUGAGAUUCCAGAGAAUUCUCCUCCUGGAAAAGUACUCAUAGAUUUAAACGCCACUGACCAAGAUGAGGGGAGCAACGGGCAGGUGGUCUAUUCCUUCACCGGAUACGCUUCUGAGAGAAUCCAGGAUUUGUUCUCCAUUGACUCCAAUACUGGCAUGAUCAAGGUCCAUGGAGAAAUCGACUAUGAGGAGAAUCCAAUCAUAGAGUUUGAUGUUCAAGCUAAAGAUCUCGGCCCCAACCCAAUACCAGGCCACUGUAAAAUAACUGUCAAAGUGCUCGACAAAAAUGACAAUUCGCCGGUAAUAAGUUUUGUCUCCGUCCGGCAGGGAGCCAUCAGUGAGGCAGCACCUCCAGAAUCUGUCAUAGCGCUGGUGAGAGUGACGGAUAAAGACUCUGGCCGAAAUGGUCAACUUCAGUGCAGGGUGCUGGGAAAUGUGCCCUUCAGGCUCCAGGAGAACAAUGACAAUUUCUACACGCUCCUCACGGACAGACCCCUGGACAGGGAAAUGAAAGACGAAUACAACGUAACGAUAGUUGCGAGAGACAAUGGGAUCCCGUCUUUGAACUACACAAAGUCGUUUACUGUGAAAAUCCUGGAUGAAAAUGACAAUGCACCACGUUUUACAAAGACUGUGUAUGUGCUACAGGUGCCUGAGAACAACAUCCCCGGGGAAUACCUGGGCUCUGUUCUGGCCCACGACCCCGACGUAGGUCGAAAUGGAACGGUGUCGUACUCCAUUCUGCCUUCCCACAUAGGGGAUGUCUCCGUUUAUACAUACGUAUCUGUCAACCCCACCAAUGGAGCCAUAUACGCCUCACGCUCUUUCAACUACGAGCAAACGAAAUCCUUUGAGUUCAAAGUUCAAGCUAAAGACGGAGGAUCCCCUCACAUGGAAAGCACUUCUAUAGUUAAGGUCAACGUCCUUGACGUCAACGACAAUCUCCCAGUCAUCAUCUUACCCCUGCUGCAGAAUGAUACAGCCGAAAUCCCCGUGCCUAGAAACGUUGGUAUUGGAUACAUUGUUGCCACAGUGAAAGCGGUGGACCAUGACCACGGAGAAAGUGGACAUUUGACCUAUGAAAUCACAGAGGGAAAUGACGAUCACCUGUUUGAGAUGGAUCCGGUGGGAGGGGAGGUCAGAACUGCUCAUGCUCUUUGGGAAGAGGUCACCCCAGUGGUUGAGCUGGUGGUGAAGGUAACUGACCAUGGCAAGCCCCCCUUAUCUGCCGUGGCUAAGCUCGUCAUUAAGGCGAACGCGGAGACGGCGGCGGGAGGGGGUUCCAGCGCGAGCGGGGAGCAGCAGCACUGGGAUGUAUCCCUGCCCCUCAUAGUUACCCUCUGCAUAAUCUCCGUCAUGCUCCUAGCAGUCAUGACCGCCAUCGCCGUCAAGUCCAAACAUCAAGAUAAGGAGACUGGGAAUUAUAACUGCCGCAUGGCUGAGUACUCCAAUCCUCCAGUGGGGAAAGGCAAAAAGAAAAGGAUCAACAAGAGUGACAUCAUGCUGGUGCAGAGUGAGAUGGAGGAGAGAGAUUCUGCCAGCCGGAUGAAUGUGGUGAGCAGUCCUUCUCUCAUCACUUCACCAAUAUGUUUUGACUACCAGAGUCCUCUGCCGCUCACACUGCCCAGGUCAGAGGUCAUGUACCUGAAAACCACCCCAAACAGCCUGACGGUCCCCAGGGCUGGUUGCCACUCCAGCUUCGCCGGGCUUAGCACAGACACUCCAGCGAAUAGGAUGUCAGUGAUACAGACAGAAAAUUUCACCUCAGAGCCCAAUUACGCUGGCGGCAGGCAGCCAUUUGUUCAAAGCUCAACAUUUAAGGAUGCAGAACGAGCAAGCCUCCGAGACAGUGGCCAUGGUGAUAGUGACCAGGCUGACAGUGACCAGGAUACUAAUAGAGGCUCACACUGCGACGCGGCUGCUAGGGAGGCCCUCAAGAUGAAAGCAACAGCAGUUAAUGGCCAGCCUUUUGAGCAGGAGCAAGACAAAUCAGCCCACUGCACCGACGAAUGUCGCGCACUGGGACAUUCUGACAGAUGCUGGAUGCCAAAGUUACGGGUAGGAAGCCAAGCAGACAGCGCCGAUAAUCGCACCAACCUUUUCAUCCCCGUGGGAAUGGAUGCCAUGGUAGAGACAGAGAUUUAUGGCACCAUCAGCUGCGGCAGCAGAAAAACCCUCAGCACGUUCGGAAAAGAGCAGCGGGACAGCACAAUCCUCGUGGCCAACGUCAAACCGUACCUGAAAUCGCAGCGCGCCCUGAGCCCCCCUCUGCAGGAGAGCCCGUCUGGGUCCAGCAGUCCCACCAAGAGCAGCGCGCCCCCAGACUUGGCCAGCCGCGAGUCCAGAGAAGAGCGGGAGGGCGGUUCAGACAGCAGUGCCUACGGCCCGCCAGAUGGCCAGUGCUCCCCGCUGCACACCGGAAUGGAGGAGACCCCCUACCUGACCCGCGAGCUCAGGCCUAAGUCCCUGUCAAGCAGCCUCCUCCACAGCUCCGUCAUCAGCCAGGAGUGCGGGGGGUCCGACUGCGCUCUCGACCCGCGGGACUCCGGUAACUGACAGGUCAGGUGACCACCCCCCCACCCCACCCGUUCUCUCAGUUGCCAGGAGUAUGAUGAUAAUAUUACAGGUUAAUGACCAAGAGGUGAUUUAUUUUGAACCACACGGGGGGGGGGUCCAGACACGCAUUGUAUAACCAAAAACCAUCUGCUUUGUCUGUUUGUUUUUUAGUUUGUGACUUGUUGUGUUUAGGUGAAAAAUGUGUCUUUGACUGCUGUGAAGGUUCGGGAAGAAAAUCAGUGCUUACCUGACUUCAAGUGUUUUCAUGGUGUACUGUACCUGUCAAUUUAGAUGUCUGUAUUUGACCCAUUUCAAGCUCCAAUUUUGUGAGGCUGUGAAAAAAAAAUUGCUACUGUUAAGCUAUUGAGUCCUGUCUGCUCUUGUACGGUGAAGCUUCCUGUCUCCAUUUAGUGUAUAAGGAACAUCUCUUUGAAUAUCACAGGCAACUGAAAUACAUAUCAGUGACGUUAAAUACAAAAGUGAAGUGUCUUAUGAACUGUUAAUGGUGGUGCGACGGGGAAUGUCCCUUUUCAUAAAACCAUUUGAGGUUCCGAUAAAACAGUUUUUUAAGAAUGUAUUUGUAAUUUUAUUGUUGUCCUCUGCAGUUUAUGUGAAAAUAAGCUGAGCUUACACGUGAAUGUGGGCUACUGUACGUGUUCUGUAUUUUAUUAAAUUUGUAUACACUGUG